GGGAGCUGCAGCCGUGUACGUGUGCCUCCUCGUCACCACCGCUUCAAGGGCUUCUCCGCCACUACGCCGUCGUCCUUGACUGCUAGGCUUCAACGGCUUCAAGUGCUAGCAGACGCAGCAAUCUCUGAGAGCAAGGAUUAAAUGUCCAAGGACCCUAGCCCGAUGACGACGGAGGGACAGAGGAGACCACAUGGAGGACAUGCACUACAUCCAUAUGAACAAGAGCGCCUCCGACAAUGUAUGGCCAACAGUGCUAGGCUUCGGGAACUUGGAGUUUCUGGUUUUUCCAGCAUAUUUCCAAACAAUAGUGGCACUGCUGUAAACAAGAAAAAUGCAAAGCAUAGAGAUAAUGAAGACUCUGGAUCUGAGUAUGAUCCUUCACAGGAUGAUACUGAUCAAGGAGAUUUGAUUGGUGAUGACAAUGCUAAGGGAACUAAGGAGAAGGCUCCCAAGCAAACUUCCAAAGAAAGAUCAAAUGUAUUUCCUGGAGUGAGGUUUCGGUCUCGUAAGAGGGUUUUUGCAGAUCAAGCACCUACUAGAGUUACAAGGUCAAAGUCAAGCAUCACCCAACCUGAUACAAAUCUGACACCAAGUAAUAUCCAUGUGCCACCUCCAUCCGAGCCUAAUGAUGGCACCCAAGCUGCUUUGGAAGAUGACGGGCCUGGUCAGCAAGCUGACAGCACCAACAUCACCAAUGGAGGCGAUGCGAUUCCACGUCAUAAUGGAAGCCCCAACCGGGAGAAUGAAGAUGGAUCUACCCAGCAUGAUGACAACACCAUUGCUGGUGAUGGAGUUGAUUGCAUUACCCAUCUAGAUGGACACGACCAGAUGACCACCGAAGAGCCAUGGGACCGAGGAGUAAAUAUGGGACAUGGUCUCCAGAGGUUGACCCGAGCUCAUGGUGCCAAACUGCCAGUUGUCAUAACUGAAGGGAAUAUAAGGCCCGUGGAACCUAAGAUUGCUGCAAUGUAUGCCACUAAAUGCAACAUUGCAGUCAGGAAUCAUAUUCCUGUGUUCAAGCACUGGAAAGAAUACAAGAAACACCCUGCGCUGUUUGAGCUAUUUUUGGGAAGACUACGUGCAAAGUUUGACAUCGACACAAGUAAUGAAGUAGUCAGAAAGGGUUGCUUGGAGAUGAUGCAAUCUGCAGUUCGCCAACAGCGAUACAAGCUGAAAAAAGAUUUCUUUGAUUCUGUUCCUCUACAUCUGGUUAGGAAAACUUCUCCUGUAAAAGUGAUGAGUAAUGAACAGUGGAUUGACCUUGUGGACUCAUGGAUGACCCCCCAAAAAAUGGAGGCAAGUCGAAAGAACAAAGAGAAUCGAGAUGAUGUAAAGUUCCACCAAACAACUGGCUCCUGUAGCUACCCAGUUUAUGUAGAAAAAAAAUUGGUAAAAGAUGAGUACAAGGAUAAAGAACUUGAUGCUGUUGAUUUGUUUAAGAUGUGCCACUACAGCAACAAAAAGAAAGGAUACACGCCCACUGUACAAUCUGCUAUUACUCAAAUGGAAAAUCAGUUGGCUGCACCAACAGAAGAUGGACAACCCAAGUCUGCAACCCAAGUUGUCAGUGUUGUGCUUCAUCAAAACACAAAAACCAAUCACUUCCUUCGGAAUGUGGGCAACCAGGUUGCAAAGCGAAGGACUACACUACAAAAUGUUCAAGCAAAAUUGGAGGUGGAGAAAAGAACCAAUUCUGAGCUUCAGUCGAUCGUCAAGAACCAGCAUGAAGAAAUGGAUGGUUUGAAAAAUCAAGUCCAGGGAACAGAACAAGCAAGGAUUAAAGACCAAGAGGAGAACCGGAAGAAGCAAGCUGAGUUGGAGAAGAAAAUUGAGCUGCUGCUAAGCCAAAAUGGACAAAGCUGAGCAUAUGGUGGUCUGAUCUGGUAGCUUUUGGGUGGCCUUCAUAUUUUGCGGAGUUAUCUUGAUGAAUACUAUAUUUUGUUGUUGCUGGUUAUUUGCCUUGGAAAACUGUAUGGCUUCAACUCUAGA